UUAUAUGGUGCUUUGGCGCCUAGAGGUCUGAUCUAUGAAGAUAUAGCAUACGCUUGCUAUGUGAAUGAGUAUAAGACUGGCAACUUUAAGGAUGCAAAGGAGCACAUUGAAAAAGCAUGUACCAUUAAAGAAAGUCUGUUGAGUGAAGAUCAUUUUUUACUUCCAUCAGCUAAAAGAAUAACAGCUUUAAUUUUUGAAGAAAUUGCUAAUGAUAGUCAUGAUUAUGAAACACAGCACAGAUUGUUUCAGAGAGCUGAAGAACUCCACUUAUCUGCUCUUCGUGUUACCAAAAACUACUUGGGUGAAAUGAAUGUCUNUGCAAAACACUACGGUAACCUUGGCAGAUUAUAUCAGUCCAUGAAAAAAUAUGGGGCUGCUGAAGAAAUGCUUUUGAAGGCUAUUACUAUUAAAUCCACUCUGCUGGGAGGUAAUGAUUAUGAAGUUGCCAUUUCUGUGGGCCAUUUAGCAUCUUUGUAUAAUUAUGAUAUGCUACUUUAUAAAGAAGCUGAAACAUUGCAUUUGCAAGCCAUAGAUAUAGGUAUCACUCACUUUGGGAAAUCAUACAGUGGACUGGAAUUUGAAUAUCGUGGUCUUUUGAGAAUAUAUGCUCAUUUAGGCGAUGGAGACAGUCUUUCAAGAAUGUAUUCCAAUCUGCAUGAUUGGAAAACUCUA